UCAUUCCAGAUCCAUCCCCGAUAAAAGCUGCUCCUGUGCCGUUGCGGCUGAGACUGAUCUUGCAGCAGUUGUAUCGAUCUUUGCUUUUGAAAGACUGGCAGACGCUGCCGCUGUGCAACUCCAAAGGAAUAUCUCCCUACCUCAGCUCGCAUUUCUCGGGUCGGGCUUUAUCAUAUUGCUUGGAGGUGAAAUCCGCCGCUUGUGUCACACAGACAUCAUUCCAUAAUCAGCGAACUAGCCAGACACGAACAGCACCAUAUCAGCAUGGCUAGUGACAGCAAGCCCCAUGUCAUUGAGACCGGCACUGUGCCGGCCACCGCCGCAGCCAAGCCCAGUUUUGGCCGUCGCGUUGCAGCCCAUUACAAACGAUGGUGGUGGGUGCACCUCAUCAUCUUCAUCGUGGUAGUUCUAGUGGUGGUGCUGCCGGUAAUCUACGUUGGAUAUCCCCACAUCGCCCAGCAUGAUAUCAACGAAUCAACCUUGAAUAUCACCAGCAUGGCGAUCAGUGACCCAACGCCGAAUUCUUUCCACCUGCGAGAAACGCAGGUCAUCGGAUCUGACAGCGCUUUCAAGCCAAACAUUUACUCGUUCGGUGCGGCCAUCAGUCUUCUGGGUGGAGCUCCCUUUAUCACGGUGCAGAUUCCCAAGUUCAAGGCACAUGACGGCGUGGAGGUCGAUGUUGAUCAGGACGUGAACAUUACCGACACGACGGCUUUCGCCGAAUUCUGCAAGGCGGUCUUGCUCAACGAGGAAAUUCAGAUGAAUGUCUAUGGUAAGGCUGAUCUGAAGGAGGGAAGCCUGCCCGAGACGAAGAUCACCUACAACAAGACAACAUCCAUCAAAGGUCUCAACAAACUCGAAGGCUUCGAGCUAGUCGACCUUUCUAUCUCAACUUCGGCGACAAGUGGCAACAAUGGCAAGGGGACGGUCUACAUCCCCAACCCAUCUCCAUUCACUCUCACAAUGGGCAAUGUCACCCUUGACCUUUCCGUUAACGGCACUGCCAUCGGCAAAUCCUACCUCACCGACCUCACCAUCUACCCAGGCAACAAUACCCUUCCCAUGGCGGCUAAUGUAAGCACUCUCACCGUGGCGGGCAUGCUGGGCAGCUAUCCCACCUUAAUGCUCCCUGUCGACAUUGUCGGUAACUCGACUGUCUACAACGGCGAGGAACUGCCGUACUUCUCUGAAGCUCUGGCUGCCAAUAAGAUUAGCGUAGAGCUAAACGUCACGAAGGCGUUGGGAAGCGUUCUUUAGGAUAAAGUUGUUCCUUGGUGUGGAGAGGUAGGUUGAAAAGUUGAGACUGAAGGUUAUCUAUCUUGCUCUCAAAGGUGAUUCUGUAUAUGUUAAAUUAAUGAUUUUUCUUGGUGAUAUGUUGUUCCCUGACGAGGGCUGACGAUUGGUAUGGAUAUUAUGCGA